AUGACAACAGCUACUACCCACCCAGACUUUAGCUCCACCACCGACGGCCUCGAUGUCGCUGCCGCCUUUCCCUCGGCGAUCAAGGACCGCACAAUCCUGAUCACAGGUGUCAACAGGAAAGGCAUCGGGUAUUCCACAGCCGAGUCUCUGGCGUCGCAAUCUCCACGCCUCCUCAUCCUGGCAGGUCGCUCGGUGGCGAAACUUCAAGAAUGCAUCGACGACUUGAAAGCCGCGUAUCCAAACGUCGAGUACCGCCCCUUGCAAGUCGACUUAUCGUCGCAAAAAUCCGUCCGCGCGGCGGCGAAGGAAGUGCUGGGUUGGGAGGACGUGCCGGCGAUUGACAUUGUGAUCAACAACGCGGGGAUCAUGAAUAUCCAGAACCGCACCAUAACCGAGGACGGGGUGGAAAUCACCAUGGCGACGAACCACGUGGGCCACUUCUUGCUCACGAACCUGAUCAUGCCCAAGAUCUUGGCAGCAGCGGAAGCUGCUGGCAACAAAAAGGGAGCAGUGCGCAUCGUCAACCUGGCCAGCAUGGGCAUCUACGUCGGCGGCGUCCGGUUCAGCGACAUGGGAUACGAAAAGCCCGUGACGGCGCUGCCCGACGACGAGAAACCCAACAUCGCCAUGAUGCAGGCCUACGACCUGCCCGUGAGUGAGGAGACGGCGUAUUUCCCCACGAUCGCGUACGGGGCCAGCAAGACGGCCGCGGUGCUGUUCAGCGUCGGGCUCAACGACAAACUGUACGAGAAGCACGGCAUUCUGAGCUUCGCGGUCAACCCGGGCGAGAUAGAGACCGAGCUGGGUCGCAACACGGAGCCGGUCAUGCUCGAGACCAUGCUCACCGCGGCCAAGAAACGGGGUAUGGUUUGGAAGACGCAGCAGCAGGGAUGCAGCACGACCCUCGUCGCCGCGCUUGACGACAAGCUUACCCUUCCUCCCGCCGAGGGUCCUGGCGUCUUUAUGGGCGAUUGUCAGCCCAAGCCGGCCCCGCCGUACGCGACCAGCAAGGACAAAGCCACCAAGCUGUGGGAGUGGAGUGAGCAGGUGACUGGUGACAAGUUUGCUUGGUAA